UUUCAUUGUUCGUUUCAGUUGGUUAUUGGGUUUUGACUUGCAAAGUACUCUUGAAAUUUUGCGUUCAAGAGCUACUAGAAAAUUUAUAUAUCAUGUCGAUUUUAGCCAAAUUUACAGUGCUGCUAGUUUUAAGUGCGUUCCUUGAAGGGCGAGGAUUGUACGCCGCCGCAUUUGAGUGUCAGCUAGCUAAUUACGAUAAUAUAAACCAAGAAGAAUGGACAAGCGGUUCGAUCAAAAUCUCCAAAGAGGACCAUGCCGGGACUUCACCAAUUACUUUAGUACUUAUAAACUUAGUAAGUACUCAAACUGGUGUUAUCGAUAUAACAGACACUCAAGGAAUAAAAGGUAAGAACACUUACUUCGGCGCCAGAGAAAAUAAGAUAACCUUAGAAUCUGGAUUUUAUGAAAAAUACGAGGAACAAGAGGAUAAAUCAGUUGUUUAUAUAAACGCAACUAUUACAUGUAAAUCCGAAAAAGAAGAAGCCACGAAAAAAAUUGAAAUUGAGCUGAAUAUUGUAGAUUCAAAUAAUCAUCCACCUCAGUUUGUUCUGCCGGAUUCGGAAAAGGAAUACACGUUCAAGCUUCCUAUGCCAAUUCCCGCGGGAUUCGAUUUUUCCAAUUACGGCAAAAUCAUAGUUCGAGACGCAGAUUUGACGAAUGAUAACAUAAGCCUCGCUUUGGAUAGUGAUAACAAGGAAAUACUUGAGAGUUUGAGCCUCAAAUGGGCCGGCAAAGACCCGAGUGAUGUUAUUCACAAACGCCAUUUGUUCGAUUUUACCGCGUUGAAAUCGUUCGAUUUGAACGAGACUGUUACAUUUACACUUAAGGCGACGGACUCUGGAACGAAGGAUGACCCUAAAACUCUGAAGGAUAAUUCCACGAAAUUGACUUUCGUUGUUGAUCAAGAAAACUCGUAUCCGAAAUUCGACCAAGUGUUGUACACUGCAGAUAUUUCACAAGUGAACAAAAGCCAGAUUAAAGAUACAGAUUUAACUUCACAUUUAGACAAACCAAUAGUUUUGUCUCGUGGAAAUUUGGAAAAAUUGAAUUUAACCGUGGAAGCAAUCACCGAUUUGGAAUUCAAAGCAUCCGUUGACAAAGCUACACGAAAGGUUAAAAUUUUGCUGACUAAAACCAGCACAGAUCAAAAAGUAUUUUUGCAGAAAAAUGUAUUGUUGAAAUUGUCGGUAACGGAUGGAAAAUUCAGUAGGGCGGAAUCUUGGCUCAAAAUCACGCUUCCUGACGCUGACAGCGAGACUCCCGCCGUCGAAGACGAUGGCAGAGUGUCCGACGGCUACAGAGUGGCAACGAUAAUUCUCUCCCUCAUCAUCGUCGGUUUGAUGAUCUACAUUAUCUAUCCGCUAGUCAAACACAUACGCCUGGACUUCUGGAAUCGAUAGAGAGCGAACUUGUUUUUUACUUUCGAUCGCUCGUAAUUUGAUUACAAUUAAAACAAUCGGACUGCGAUGAUUUAAUAGUAAAAUUAGUCAUGGAUGAAUGGAUGGAUGGACAUCAUUAGAGAGAUAAUCUGCUAUUGUAAAAAUCUGCCAUUUAAUUUGUAUAAUAUUUAUUACUCCAAUGGUAUACUCUGAGUGUUGCGUUCCGUCGAGCGCUCAUGUACACACGGCAUCGCUUUUAUUUAUCGAUUCCGCUUGACAAUUAGCGCUUUAUUGAAAGUCUUUUGUAGUUUCUUUGUUUUGCUGCUGCGAGGCUCUUCGCUACUUUGUAUAUUAAGUCGCCCGCGAUUAAUAGUUGCCGCAGCUAUAAUAUCCUUGCAUAUCGUCACGUGCGAUCGACAUAAUUACGUAUGCUCGGGAGCAUCGGCGACGUGGACAAACAAACACACAGACACACACACACACAUACUUCGAGAUGCCAUAAUCAAAUUUUUUUUUAUCAUCAUAAUGUAAGCGAAUGAUUUGUACAACCCUGAACGUUGACAGUUCAAUGAGCAAUAAACAAUACUUUCAAAAAUCGUUCACAAGAAAAUGUGGGUGUUGUAAAUUUUUGGGCUUUUUCGGAAGCACCGCAGUGCUGUGCAAACGAACAGGAGCUUUUGGAUAUCGCGAGCGGUGUAUCUGUCGCACGGGUCGUCAAGUCGAUUGCAUCAGACGACAUUCGACGCACUCUUCUUAUUCAAAUUAAUUCUGGCGCAUUCCGCGGUGCUCAACAGCGUACAUUCCAUCGCGUUGUUUCAACAAAUCCAUUGUCACCUCGUCGGAUCGCUCGAGAGGCGCUACGAAGCCUAUCGCGCAUUCAUUUAUUCCGUAUGCAUAUGAGGCUUAUUAAACAACGACGACUACGACGACGCGUUGGAAAAUGAGUUGCGCUCCGCGAAGACGACGCCUAUUAUAUAUUUGCGCGCGAGUGUCGAGGAAUGCGCAUUAUUAUAGAUCGUGCCGCGACUGCGUUUUUCAAUUUCUUUUUUAUGUGUACGGAUCGAUCACUUUUGAACGUCGAUAGCCAUUUCGAGGUGAGUUAACUCUGACUCGCGCUAAUUUCGGUGAAAUAAAAAAUAUAUUUUUUCGCUCACCUCGAAGCGACGAAUUUUAUGCCUCGGCGGUAUUGAUUUAUAUCUAGGCAGAACGCGAGGCAGCAACGAGCUCGGUAAAAGACAAUAUCGUAAAAUUCGUAUCUCUCUCUCUCUCUCUCUGUCUCUCGCGGCAGGCAGCGACGUGUUAUUUUGAAAAUGCUUAUCUCUAUUACGAAUCUUCGCGCGCGCUCGCGGCAGAUAAAAAACAUUAUCUGCGCGCAAAUUGUGUUCGUGCAGGUUCGUGCUAGUAUAUGUCGCGUUCUAUGCUUCGUAUAUAUAUAUUUUGUUGCAACAAAAAAAAAUUAAAGAGGAAAAAAAGAGUCAACGCGCGAUAAUGAGCUUAUGGUUUUAUUUCAGCCACGUGCCAAGAUAAACGUUAUUACCUGCUCCCUCUCGAACGACGCCGAAUUACGAGUGCUUUUUA